CGUUUCCGUGCAGUUUUUCCAUGCAUGCAGUUUUGCUCUGUAAUACCAGCCCCCAGACGCAGUGUGUAUUCAGUAGUAUAUAUUACUCAGCGGUUAUAAGCUGUAUUAGUGAGUUAUAAUGGGUGAUAUCGAGUCUCCGGACAGGAGCGAGUCUCGCGCUGCUCGAGUGUUUUCUCUCUUAAUGAGUAAAGAACUCAUCGGAUCCAGAAAAGGACAACUUUUACUUGCAGAAGUGAUUUCAUCCUUCAUCAGUUUUGUGUGUUUUUGUGCUUCGACAGCAGCAGCGUUCGUCACUGCUCCUCUAUUGGCCUUCAUCUCUGCUCUGCUCAUCCUCUUCGCUCACUCCAUCAAAUUUAACCAAAGAUUUAAAGGCUUUCACUGGCCACUGAUGGAUUUUUUGCGCUGUAUCACCGCCUCCAUCGUCUUCUUUAUCAUCUCCAUCAUGGCCGUGUCCAAAUAUCCAGACGGAUCAUCUAAAGCUGCAGGAGUGUUCGGGUUCAUCGCCACCAUCGUGUUCGCCCUGGAUUUUUAUUUCAUCUUUAACGAGCUCGCUGACUUCCUGAAGGGCGGCGGCUCUAACGAGGAACCUCAGGAAAAACAAGACGCUGACUCAGACUCUGACUCGGAUUAAAGCUGUGACUGGGACCUGAAGGACCCUGGAGAGGAGACCACUUCAGUGCCUGAAGGGAGAUCAACAUUACUAAAGAAUUACUAAACACACACACACACACACACACACACACACACACACACAGUGAACAUGUCCUGUGACCGUAUAACCUUCAGUGCCUAUAUAGGCCUGGACACUUCUCAAUAUGUCAAUAAUUCUAAUUCCUUUCAGGAAGGUAAGAAACCUUUAGGACACAGAACCCUGUCUGAGGGACAGACUGAAGAACCUUCACACUGCUGCAAAGAACCCAAACCAUUUUCAUGACCUAAAGCCUUAAAAACAAUGUUUAGUGUGUGUGUUUUUGUGUGUGUUUUUAUGUGUGAAGGAUUUAUAAAAGUUUUUUCUAUAUUUGUAAUGGAGUUGAUGAGACCUGUGAAUGCUUGUGUGUCAGAUGGGUGUCUGGUCACAUCCCUCUGUCCUGGACAUGUGUGUGUUUGUGUGUGAGCAGUGCGACAAUCUCCACCCCAACUCUGUGGUUCUGAAACUUUCGUUGGUCUCUAUCUUAUGAAAGGUGUUAAGAACAGUGUUAAUAAUUAACAUGAACAAUGCUAAAUUGAAGCCAUAUCGUUUUUGUAAGGAUGUUGAUUGUACAGUUACACGUCUGAGUGGAGAAAUCUUUUAUUAUCACACAGUUAAGUCAUACAGUAACGUCUGUCUUGUUAGGAAACGUAGCUGGAUUUAUCUGUUAGCUCCACGUUAGACACCAGAGUGAGCGACAGUGAGGAGACACUGAGAGAAAGGUAGAGUUUGUGUUGUGUCCCAUUCACCAAGAUGGGAAAGGGGCGGGGCUUAAACUGUACUGCCGUCAGCCACUAGAGGGCCUUUUAGAGACAUUUCAGUGUCACAGUUAAACCCGUUACUGUGUCUGCUCAUAUCACUGCUCUAUAACACCUUUAUAACAACGUCCUGUUACACUGCUCUGUACUGCAGCAUUUAAUCUCACUCUACGUUCACAUUAUCUUCAUCACCGUCGUUAUUAUUAUUACUUUUGCACAAUCAGCAUCAUUUUAUUUUACUACUAGCUGAAUGUCUGUUUUCUGUUUUUAACCCGAGAUGUGUUUUGAUUAAUAAAACAGGAUUUUAUUGUUUUGUUGAAAUCAUAAAUAUAAUAAACAUUUAAAAAGAACAGAAUAA